CAUGACAGUGCGCACACAAGCAGCCAGUGAUCGAGAGAGGGACAGAUAGAACGGCAAUGUUCCAACACACUGUGCUGCUGUACGAAGCGAAACUCCCUUUUGGCUCAAGCAGCCACAGAUAGAUCCGGUGAUUCAAAAUGGGAUUAUGGCCUCGAGGCCGAAAUGUUUUCUGCAAAGUCUGUUUGUAGUAAUUGUCAGUAUUAGCCAGGUACUGGCGUCUUCUUGCAGUAGCACUUUUAAAUCGGUGUCUGACUGCUGGUACACACUAUGGUAUUUCUGGUUCGUUUUGAUUCUAUUUGUUGUCGGGGUAACCAUCCUGCUGAUGUUCUACUUCAAGAUCAGAACAAAAAACCGCGUCACUAAUUUCAUAGGGGCUGGAAAUCCAAACAUCGUUUCUAUGCCAAGACCCCCUCCUUCCUACAUUGCCAGCUAUCCGCCCCCAUCUUACGAAGCAACGAUAACAAACCAGCUCCCCCCACCAGUAUACCUGCCAGUACCAUCGGGAUAUAUGACAGAAAUGCACACAAUGCCUAACAACAAUCAUGAUGAAACGCAAUUUCCGUCGACGCUGUCAAUCGAUGCCUUAUCCAGCCCGCCGCCCUAUUCUGAGCGGCAAUCAAGGUAAAUGGUCGCACGACUGCCGGCGGUCUGAAGGAAAAACAUAUUAACAACUAUGCAGUGUACUUAGGUGCUUGGUGCGCGACAUGGACCACGAAUCAAUAGACGAUCUUUUGGAGCUUCAAAGAACAAACCAAUGUGAAACAUUUUACCGAUUAUGGAAAUCGUUGGCUUUGCUUUUUGUUGCCAGAAGCGUAAAGCAGAGACCAUGUGUUGUAGACGGACACUAAUCGUUAGUUAAACGGUAAUCGGUUCUUGCCAUAUACACAUGUAGGCCUACAUAUCACAACUCUCAUAAACUAUUUUAACGUGUGGUUUUUUUUGUGUUUUUGUUGUUGUUGGGAGGGUUUUUUUUACAUAUGUUAACAGCAUUGUGUCCUGGUUCCCAUAGGCAGUAGUAGUUCGCAUGUUUUCAGAUUAUAGGCGCAAGAAGCAGGGUGGAAUUAUAGGCAUAUGGGCUACCUAACAGCUCUAUGGGUUUUUAAAGGAAUCACAGCGCAUUUGUAUAUACAAAACAACUAAAAUUGUUAGGAGAAUGAUGGAAAUACAAGGUGAAAUGUUUUCAGCAUAAGCUUACGAGACAGGUGGGCAGGGGGUGGGGGCAAUUGCAAGUACUGGAGCAAAUAACAAUCGAGAUAUUCGAGCAAAAUGUGCUAACCUAAUUCAUUAAACUCUUACAACUUUGCGAUCUCGCAGUGCAAUGCUAAAAGACUUGCAAAGAGGAUGCUUUGUUGUCUAGCAGAGACUAAGAGACCUUUGUGAAUUAGGCCCCUGAAGUCUUUUUACCAUGUAUUUCCAUCAUUCUACCCACACAAUUAGAUGUAAUUAAUGUCAAAAUGUCUAGUGAUUGGUUUGAGACCCUAUAAAUAAUAAUUAUAUAGCCGUUUGGUAGUAAUGCUGAUAUGAAAACAAUUUUUUUUAUCCAGAUUCGGGCAUUUUCGUAUAAUUUGGGCAAAAACCAGCCUGCUCCCCUACAAUAAUGGGAGCCCGUACCAGGACAGCUUAUUUUGUCCUAACGUCACUGUCGUUUUUUGGCUUUACUAUGAAUCACGCAUUUUGUUUAUCCUUCUAUGGGACCAUGGUGUAUAUCAAACUAUUCUCUUUUUAUUGUUUUUGGUUUUUUUGUGUUUUUUUUUUUUGGGGGGUGGGGGGGGGGCAGGGGGCGGGUAAGUAGGAAGGUUUGUUUGGGCUAAUAAAAGACAUAUACAUUGCAAAUCACAGUUACUAACAUGAACUUAAUCUCACUGGGCACAACCACGACCGCAAUCCCUGUGGGUUUAGUUUAACGAGACAAUACUAUCAUUAAUGUUUGUCAUCAACCAUACAUACGCCGCGAAUCGUGCCGAAUCACUCUGUUUUAGUAGUUGACUUUUCACCAUUUUCCGCUUGUAAUAACAACGGGAAAUAAAUAAAUAAAUAAGUGAUGUCCACACUGUUAGUAACCAUUAUAAAGACAUGGACGUAACGACCGGCGUGUACAGAGUAUUGUAAUAAUUGUCUUGAAAACCCAUUAAAACAUCAAGUAAUGACUAGUUAUAAAGUGCAGCUGAUAUUAACCUACUACUGUUGAUUAAAUGGUCAUAUAAUAAUUUAUAUUUUAUAAGUUAUUCCUAUUUAGUGUAAAACUGAUUCUGUUAAGUAACACAAUAUCAUUGAAACGUUGAAUGUUGUGUUGCGUUUUUGGUUUGAUUUUUUAAGGUGGGGACUGGGGAGGAUUUGAUGGGGGUGGAGUUGUUUGGUGGUAUUUAAAAUAAUACAACAGGCGCGUAUGCAGGGAAUUAUGCAGGGGGUUGGUCUUGACUAUGGCGAAUGAAGUUUUUUGGGGGGUUUUGGGGGGGAGGGGUGUGUGUGUGUGUGUCAAGUCACGCUCCCCUGAAAAAUACGUUAAAAAAAAUGUUUACUUGGGAGCAGGUGGAAGAGUCGACACCCCCUUCUGCACACGCGCCUGUAAUAUAAUUACUAUUAUUCACUCACGCACUUUCAUUACAAAUGAAAUGCUACAAAUAAAAUAGCACAAUAAAGAGAUGUUGUGAUAUGUAGGGGAAAAGAAAACCGACAACCCUUUAACUAUUCAGUUUGUUUAUGCAAGCGUCGGUCUUUCCCGGGAACGAGUGAUAUGGUUACAAUGUAGUGGAUUCAGAAACUUCAGUAUUGCGAUCUAUCUAUCCAGAUGAUGCUUCUAUAUCCUGUGUACCCUUAUCCAGCUCGACAAUUGGAACAGCUUCAUGUUGUAUUCGGAGUAAUUAGAUUAAUGUUUUGUGUGUUGACUUACUGUUCUCUUAAAGCUGCUAUCUCGAUUUCCGUAUUAAUAUUAAUAGUCAAAAAUGUAAACACAACUGCAGUUUUAAUAAACUCAUAAUCUCGCCUCACCAUUAACAACAUGUGAUUUACUUUUGCAAAAUGCAAACACAACUACAGUUUUAAUAAACUCAUUAUUUUGCCUCACCAUUAUCAACAUGAUUUACUGUUGCAAAAUACAAACACAAUUAUAGUUUUAGUAAUCUGCUUUGUCAUCAGCUGACUUCAUACAACGAAUAAGUAUUUCGCCACGUGUUGUAAUACAUUGUAACACAAAACGCUUAUGAAUAUUAAAAUGGAUAAUAAAUUUCUACAUAACCUAGAUUAGGCGAUAAGGCCAAAGGAAAUAGAAGAAUGACACUCGCUGGUACGAAAAUGAAUGUGGAUGAUCUAUUUAACAUGGCGAAAUAAUAGAGAAAAUUAUCGAGAUUGCAGCUUAAAAUCGUUAUGCUACGGUCAGACUACCAACCGCCACGACAAAGUUGGCCAGCCUUUCUGCUGUCACGACUUCUACGACUGUCCAGUUACUAGACUGAGCGCUCUUAUAUCUCUAGUUACGGCGUUUACGACUUCCACGACCGAUUAGUGAGGGAACUCAUAACGCAACAGUCGAGUUGGCCAACUUCGUCGUGGCAGUUGACAGUCAAGUCCUUGCAUCGCGGCACGGGCAAAAGUCACCGACUACAAACAAGUGGCAAAUAAAGCCACAAAUUAAUCAGUUUUGUGACAAACUUUGAACACGGAACAGUGGAGGAAAUUAAUUCAAGCGCGCCUACCGUAACCAAUCGCGGUGCGUGGUUGGUCGGAGCUAGUUUGUACAAGAGAGUGGUUGUCACUCACCCGACACAGACUGUGUGUAAUGUUAAUGUAAUACGAGUGUACGUUACACGUCUUAACAGACUGUGUGUGUUGUUAACGGAAUACGGGUGUACGUUACACGUCUUAACAGACUGUGUGUAAUGUUAAUGUAAUACGAGUGUACGUUACACAUCUUAACAGACUGUGUGUGUUGUUAACAGAAUACGAGUGUACGUUACAUAUCUUAACAGACUGUGUGUGUUAACGGAAUGCGAGAGUAGUUUACGUUACACGUCUGAACAGACUGUGUGUGUUGUUAAUGGAAUACGAGUGUGGUUUACGUUACACAUCAUAACAUACUGUGUGUGUUAAUGUAAUACGAGUGUACGUUACACAUCAUAAUAUACUGCGUGUGUUGUUAAUGUAAUACGAGUGUAGUUUAUGUUACACAUCAUAACAUACUGUGUGUGUUAAUGUAAUACGAGUGUACGUUACACAUCAUAAUAUACUGCGUGUGUUGUUAAUGUAAUACGAGUGUAGUUUACGUUACACAUCAUAACAUACUGUGUGUGUUAAUGUAAUACGAGUGUACGUUACACAUCAUAACAUACUGCGUGUGUUGUUAAUGUAAUACGAGUGUGGUUUACGUUACACAUCAUAACAUACUGUGUGUGUUAAUGUAAUACGAGUGUACGUUACACAUCAUAAUAUACUGCGUGUGUUGUUAAUGUAAUACGAGUGUAUUUUACGUUACACAUCAUAACAUACUGCGUGUGUUAAUGUAAUACGAGCGUACGUUACACGUCAUAACAGACUGUGUGUGUUGUUAACGGAAUACGAGUGUAUGUUACACAUCAUUAAUAAUGGAACAACGACCGUUCUGUACGAUGUGUUGUGUUCUUGUUUCCAUAACGACAAUUAUCGUGUCGCUUUGCUUAUGAUAUUAUAUGCAUUUGGCGUAAACUGGCCAACACCAGUUACUGUAUAUUUUAAAACCUAUAUAGUGCAUCCUUUGAGGAAAGCGUGAAAUGACAGACUUUAAGAGACAGACGUUUAGAGACUGACUAUUGUCUUCCAUUUUUAUCUGUGAUACAUGUGUGUACUACUGCUGUAAUAUCUUGAUAAACACAUUGACGUUGUAAUAAUGCCAACCCAAACCAGUAUUGUCGAUUUAUCCGUUCUAACUUCGAGAUACCGAUGUUUGCCAUGUGAAACCAGGCCCGUAGGAAGGAUACCUGGUGUGGAUGUCCAAGCAAUCUUGACGUUGUUCCCUCGCGAAAGUUUUAUAUUUGAAUGCCUGAAACGCAAAUGUCCUACAAUAUGUAUAACAAAACAGCAAUGUUUGACAUUUUGAGAGGCUGUUUAAAAGUUGUUUUUAAGCAAAAGGACAAAAGCCUAAGACACAAAUGUACAUUAUGUCCCUAAACUGGAGGCACAGUAAUCCGACCACGUCCUUACGAGCCUGGUAGCAAUAUAGCAAAUUAUAUUCUUGACCUAACCUGUGAAUGCCAUUAUUUUCUGUUCUGUGCUCCACAAAGAUUAAGCUGCUAUUUUAAAUACAGGAAUAGUCAAGCCCGUGUUGAGCAGUCAUUUGAGAAUGGAUUAGUAGAUAAUGGUUUGUACAUGUUUUAUUGUAGUGUAUUUGUGCUAACAUAACUCUGUGCUUUGUGAAUAGUGCUGAAUAAUGACGUAUCGAAACAAACAACAUUGUAUAUAAAGUUGUAUGUGUUUUUAUUUGUUGUUUAUUUUAAAACAAUUUGUUUUGUUUUUUGGGGGUUUUUUUACAAAUUUGUUGGCAGUAAUUUUGUUAUAGGCCUCAUAAUCAAAUGUAGCAUGAGGCUUUCUUAACAAAGAUUCGUUUAAUAAAAAAACUAAUUAAUUCUAAUUUUGUAAUUUUAGUUUUUGGUUAAAAGAUAAACUAAAAACUCAAUUUGUCCUAAAAAGUGUAUUCUUGGAAUUAACACAUCAGUUUGUAGUAUAUUAGAUGAUUUUCAAGAGUAUAUCUAUGUGGUAGCUGCAUGAGAGAGGUGGUCGCUUGAGGCAGUUUCAGUGUAGUUAAAUGUUCACUACAUAAUAUGAUAAGCUAUAAUAGUGAAUAUAUGCUGCUUGGACGACAUAUAACUUUUCGGUUUCUACAGGUUAAUUUUGGGUCGCGUUCAAAAGUUUUAUGUUUAGGGGUUUUUUUUUAUAAAUUAUUCGACGCACUUGACCUUGGCAGCCAGUCAAAAUUUUCUCAUAUCACCUUCAUUCUUUUUCGCUGAGCAAUGGGCCUUUCAUUUUGGCCUCUAAAUGUUAUACCAGACCAAUGUUCGCAGUGAUUUUAUAUUUUAAACCCACUUCAAGCCCUUAAGCCCUGGACCCAGUUACUGGCAUAUCCAGAAGUUGGGCCAAGGGCGGCGUGCCUGAACUGAUAUAAGAUAUAGGCACGUUAGUACUGAGAUUCAACAAAGCGUAGUGGAUGUACAGGCUUGAAUGUUAUAAUGAAGAAACCGGCCUUGGCAGUGUCGUGGUUAAGCCAUCGGACAUAAGGCUGGUAGGUACAGGGUUCGCAGCCCGGUACCGGCCUCGGUGGUGUCGUGGUUAAGCCAUCGGACAUAAG